UAACAACGCGUGCUUCAUUCUCCAGCUGAACUGGAAACAGCUCCACAAGCUCAGCUUGCAACUCUGAUGGUGGGAAGAAAUUUUUGGAGCUGUUUGAGUGAGAGGGCUGGAGCAUUUUGAGAUGUCUUAAUCCCGUAACAAAGACUGUAUCAAAGGGACUGAGCAUUAGGAAGCAUUUCAACAGGUGUCUUUGCAAAAGGAUUCUGAUUCUUCCCUCCCCCUUCCGUCUCCCCAGAAAAACAUGUUUGGAAUAGCAGCAAAUUCAGUAUCCACCAAAUCUCCAGCCUGGACUCCAGUCAUCCUUAACUAAUAACCCCAUUGCUUUAACGAAGUCCUCACACUUGACUGUCUUCUUGGACUUGGACAAAAAUAUUACCUCCCUUCAUCUCCUUCCUUAGAAAUGGAGUAGACUGCCCAGAGGAUUGAGAACCCUUGAAAUUUAUGGGAAUUUUAUGAAAGAAAAAAUGCUACAAUUCUGCAGGUAUCUUUCGUGAGUUAUCCGGAAGCUCUGAGAACCUGAGGAGAGUGGCUGUGUACAGGAGGACUCAAACUAGCAGUGGAUCAAGAUAGCAUUCAUCACCACAGCAGAGUUGCUGCUCCCUCUCUGAUAGCAGGAGGCUGCAGCUAGAUAAAGAGAAACAUUAAGGAGUGGCUCUGAUCUCAAGACUCCAGUUUACUUGCAAACAAUACAACACUCCAAUAUACUGAAGCAAGAAUCGGGGUCAGGCUGUGUCAUGGAAGGUGACACUUGUCUCCCCUCCAACUGCAGCUCACCAUACUCCAAGAAUGACAGCAGAAAUCGUGUCUUCAGGGAGAAGUAUACUUUUUCGUCUUACUAUCAGCACUCCUCCCCCAUAGCUGCCAUGUUCAUCCUGGCCUACAUCUUCAUCUUCCUGAUGUGCAUGAUUGGCAAUAUGCUGGUAGGCGUCAUCGUGCUGAAGAAUCGGCAGAUGCGGACCGUCACCAACAUGUUCAUUCUCAACCUGGCCAUCAGUGAUCUGCUGGUGGGCAUCUUCUGUAUGCCAACCACCCUAGUGGAUAACCUGAUCACAGGUUGGCCAUUUGACAACGCCAUGUGUAAAAUGAGUGGAUUGGUGCAGGGGAUGUCAGUCUCAUCUUCAGUUUUCACUCUGGUGGCUAUUGCAGUGGAAAGGUUUCGUUGCAUUGUUUACCCCUUCAGACAGAAACUGACUCUGAGGAAAGCCCUAAUCACCAUAGUUAUCAUUUGGGUCUUGGCCUUGAUAAUCAUGUGCCCCUCUGCAGUCACCUUGACAGUCAUCAGGGAUGAAUAUCAUUUCAUGGUGGAUGCAUACAACAAUUCCUACCCGCUCUACUCCUGCUGGGAGGCAUGGCCUGACAAGGGAAUGCGAAAGAUCUACACAACCGUACUCUUUUCUCACAUUUAUGUGGCUCCUCUUACCUUAAUUGUGAUCAUGUAUGCACGUAUCGCUUUCAAACUUUUCAAGUCCUCUGCACCCAUAGGAGGCUCCCAGUCAGAGGAGAAUGAGGGGAGGAGGGUCUCCAAGAGGAAAGUCAAGGUUAUCAACAUGUUGAUAAUAGUGGCAUUGUUCUUCACUCUCUCCUGGUUGCCCCUGUGGACUUUAAUGCUUCUGACAGAUUAUGGAAACCUAACAGAGUACCAGCUCAACGUGAUCACAGUUUAUAUUUUUCCAUUUGCCCAUUGGCUGGCAUUCUUCAACAGCAGCAUCAACCCAAUCAUCUAUGGGUAUUUCAAUGAGAACUUCCGAAGAGGGUUUCAGGAGGCUUUCAAGGUCCAGCUCUGCUAUGUGGAGAACAAGCACAAGGAUACUUAUUCAGAAAGGAACAAUACUGGAUUCCUUUUUGGAGCACGAAACCGCAUUUUUGUUGAAGCGCACCCUAGUGAUUCAGUGCAACCCUCCCAGUCCGGACAAAGUAACCUCCCGAGAAUUGGGUUAUUUCCACUGAGGAAUGGGCGUAUUGCUCACCAUGGGCUGAUGGUGGAGGACUUGGACAAUACAGGUUGUUCUCACAACAACGUCAGUGUCCCAGCUUGGGAUGUCUAAGACUACUGCAUAUCAGGCCCCCAUAGUUGAUGGCCUUUUUAGUGGACAACCCUGAAGAUCUGUGAACCAUAACAUUUGAAAUUCUCUGAGGAGUAAAUUAUUUACAAUGAUGGACAUCUAGACUAAAAGUUAUUCAAUUACAAGGACUAAAUCGCUAAAGGUUUAGAUGUUAUACAUGGUACUACAGUUACAAAGCAAAAGAGAAGGCUUUAUGUUCAAGUUUCCAGAUCUAUUAUUGUCUCCUAGACUUUCAUGUGAAUUAAGGAAUGGUUUAUGGAGGGAUUUUUAGGAUCCAGGCCCAUGAUGAGAGUGGACCCAGGCAUAGCAGUUAUUCAGUGGCAUAGCAGAUGGUGGUGGUAAUGCAGUGCACAGCUGACUGUUACUUGUUGGCUACCUUAUGGAGUCGACUCAAGCUGGCUGGGCUACUUGAAAGAAAGAUCGAAGACUUGGUAUUGGGAGAAAGAUAAAAGUUCAGACAGGAAUGGGGGGAUAAAUAGGCAGUAUAUAACAAUGAAUCUCUGAACUGGAAAUAGAUAAUUAUUGGGAAAAAUCACAUACACCACAUGGGAGCCAGGUCUAGACCCUUGAUCGUUCAGCUCAAAAAACAAACCAACCAACCUGGC